GGACGCGCUCGAUCAAGCUUUCAAGAUGGCGCCGGGCAAAGCGAAGGGAUACCGGCCUCGGUGCUUCUUUGACGUCGCAGUUAGCGACGGACCAGCUGGACGAAUCAUUUUUGAAUUGUUCGCUGAUAUUUGCCCAAAGACUUGUGAGAAUUUUAGAGCUUUAUGCACAGGUGAAUGUGGAGUUGGAAAAAACACAGGGAAGCCACUUCAUUACAAAGGCUCACCCUUCCACAGAGUCGUUAAGGAUUUUAUGAUCCAAGGUGGCGACUUUUCCUCAGGAAAUGGAACUGGAGGGGAGUCAAUUUAUGGAGGAACAUUUGGUGAUGAGUGCUUUGAGUUCAAGCAUGAAAGGCCAAUGCUGCUCUCAAUGGCAAACAGAGGACCAAACACAAAUGGUUCUCAGUUCUUCAUAACUACACAGCCAGCUCCACACCUUGACAAUAUUCAUGUGGUGUUUGGACAUGUAAUCCAAGGCGAGGAGCUGGUGCGACAGAUAGAGAGUCUCCCAACAAAUGAGAAAAAUCGCCCGAAUGCUGAUGUAAAGGUUUCCAAUUGUGGGGAGCUUAUUCCCAAGUCUAAAGCAAAAGCAAACAGUGCAAAGAAGAAGCGCCAUGUAUCAUCAUCAUCUGAAUCAGAGACUGCCUCCUCUGAAUCUGAGAGCAAUUCUUCAGAAGAGGAAGACAAAGGAAAGAAAAAGAAAACAAAGAAAAAGAAGAAAAAGGCACAGAAAAAUGACUUGAAGAAAAUAGAACAAAACAGAUCUGAUGGAGAGAAUAACAAAGAGGCCGAGCCCUUCUCUGAGAACCCACUUUAUAUGCAAACUGUGGUAGUGGAAGAGAUCCCAAAGAUCCCAACAAGCUCUUUCCUGUUAAGACGAAGCAGGACUCCAUCACCUGUACGAGAGAAGCGAAAGCAGGAGAAGAAACGGCGCGAAUCACCUCAAGGUUACAAGGCACCCCCACUGCAAACAACAACAUCUUCGCGGCCAAGGAUUUCAAGUUCUGGGCGUAUCCUUCGUGGACGUGGAGUAAUGAGGUACAGGACUCCCCCACCUUCCUCUCCCUCACCGCCGCGUAGGCAACGAAGGCAUUCCCGCAGUAAAACUCCGCCACGACGUCGCCGAUCACGUGUCCGCUCACGUGAUCGCUCCACCGAAACCAGAACAAAGCGAGACAGUUCGCCUCCGCGUCGGCCCGCUGAGUCACGUGAUCGGAGAGAAAGAAGCAAUGAUAUGCGACCUCGCCAGACUUCAGAGCGACGAGAAGACGGUCAGCGGCCUAGACGCAGCAGGUCACCCCCCACAAAGAGUGACACGCGGGAUGAUCCGCCAACUGAGGUUGUUAGUAAAAGCAAAUGGGAACGGGAUCAGAAUGCAAGCUCUGGCGAUGAAAGUGACACCUCGGGUAAGCCGAAAGAUCGACUCGAAGAAGAACAAACAAAGAAGGAAAAACCUUCGGGCACUGAGAAAAGCCCCGAGAAGUCCCGCCCCGGUGACUCACCUGAGCGCUCGAAGCGCAGACGUAGACGGAGCAGUAGCUCUUCGAGCUCGAGCCCGCGCAGGAAACGCUCCAUGUCACGGGAUCGCCACAGAAACCGGAAACGCUCCACGUCACGUGACCGCCACAGUAACCGGAAACGUUCCUCCUCACGUGACCGCAAGAGAAAGGACAAAAGUCGAAGUCGUUCCCGCAGACGCAGGAGUCGUAGUAAAUCACGCGAUAGAAGCCGCAGUAGGUCACGUGGUAAAAGUCGCAGUAGGUCACGUGGUAAGUCACGUGAUAGGAGUCGUAGCAAGGAGAGAAGACAUCGACGAAGGUAAAAAGAGACUUUGUAAAAUGACAGGAACCAAUGGAAUUAUGUAGUCCAGUACAGAAAAAAAAACAGGAAAAUUUCUGUCUCCUUCGUGCAUUUUACGUACUUCACUUUACAAUCAUCGAAGCUGUCACAAAAUAUGCUUGGAAUAGUGUCUACACCGGCUGUAUAGAUGUUAAGAGAAAGUUUCUCUUUUUUAUCAUAAAAUGUCCGUUUUUUUUCGAGGUAGCAUGCUGUAUUCAAAUGUUGAUUCUUCUCAUUUGAAAAAUUCCCACUUUACCGCAGAAUCAGUUGAUAAUAAAUGAUUUUUUAAUUUGCCCAA